AGUCAUAACAUCAACAAACCGACAUGAAUCAUCAAUUGCUAUCGCUAGUCGGGUGAAUAUUAUUAAUAAAAUUUCUCUUCAUUUUCUUCCCAUAAUAUGAAUUAAUCAGUCGUGAUGGAGACGGUUGUUUCUUCAAGCCAUCUGUACGCAACGCAGAUCAAGGAGUACGGUCAUUUCCUGAAAGAUUAUGACCAAAAGCUAGCCCAGCUCCACAUAUCUGCCCUUUCGAACGGACCCGUACCCAGCAUCGUGCGAUUGGACUAUGCGUGCAAUAAUGAGCGGCUACCGCCCGCUCGCAUGAUAGAGACCAACAGCAUCAACAGUGGCAAAUCGAACAGCGCCAUACCCGGCACUAGCACCCUACCGCUGAACAAGCUGCUGUCCACCUUUGCGCAACUGUGCCGUGAGAUCGAUUGUCUGGAGCAGGAGAUACGAGCGCUGGUACGCACUAUUUACGAUCGCACCGAACCAUUCCGUGAUGUGGAGGAUACAGAUCGUCCGCCUCUGCUAUGGAUUGCUCAGAAUAUCGACCUGAUGGCAACGGUGCAGUGCCACUACGAACGUCUCCGAGAUGUCGGUGUUCUGCUGCUGCGUCAAAUCGGUGCCUUUUUGACGAGGAAGCAUCGUACGGUCGAGCGAAGCGCACGAAAAAGAAUGGUCUGGAUGGGAAGUCACCACCGUCGUUGGAUGUGGACAUAUUUGUGUACAUUCGUUCCUAAAUUCCAGUACCUUUUCGACUAUAUUGGAAAACUGUUACGCGUCGCCCUGGAACUCGAUCAUAUAAUAGGCAAGACUCACCUUAAAGCGCACUGGCGAUCGUUCUCUCAUAAGCUUCGCCAGCCGACUAAAAGCGCUCCGUCGAACAAGGCCGGCUUUCGCGAUCUUCUCUUCGUGUGCCAAGCGAUUGGCUUUUGGAUUGGGGAUGAGUCCAUGCCGGAAGUGACGGGCGAAAGGCGCCUUCUCGAGGCACUGUACAAGGUGAAAACGCGCUUCGAUCCGGUUUGCUCCGGGGAAGCCUUUAGCGAUCGGUUCAUGAAGUUUUUGAAGCGAAAGCUUACCAACCUUACGGCGAGUGCAAAGACGACACCAAACGGAGUAGAUUUUACACAAUCGAAGGAUGUUAUUGGCGUGAACGUGCUGCUCAAUUUCGCCCUCUAUCUCUUUCUGCCCAUCGAGCAGCGCAUGUUGAAGAAUCUUUUCGAGCUAAACCUGAAGUUCCCCCUGAUUCCGCUGGAGGACAAUUUCCCCUGGCAGCCGGACGAGUUCAUACAGGUGCAUGGACAUAAGCUGCUGCGGGAUUACGAUGCGAGUGCGGCUCCAAUUUCCGUCAGUACGCCGCUGUCUACGUCGUUCGAUUAUCAGAAGGCACGGGACGCGCAGCUGCAGGCGCUGGAAAAAUCGGCUACAGCUGCCGUUCUCUGUCUGCAUGCGGCCAGCUGGCUGGUGGAGGCCCAUGUACAGCUGCGCAACCGGCCAUCCGUGCCCGGGGCUUCUCAGGAUGAUGGCAAUUUUACGCUGGAAAAAUUGCGCAUCAAAUGUGGCCUGCUGCUGGAGGGUGUACGGCUCGUGCGCGAAAUGGAAUACGUGCUGGGAACACUGUACGCUCUGUACGGUCGACGGGCUACGGAGAGGACGGACCGAUUGAUACAGUACCGGCGCAUGGUGGUAGAGUUUUUGCUGUCCUCCACGCGCCGUUCCGUCACUGUGCCCUGCCUGCAGUUUAUCGUUCAGCAUCAGCAGCAUAAAAUCUACACCAUUGUUAAUAAUGCCAAGAAAAAAUUGCUCCGCGAAGCAAAGGAAUCCAAAUCCACCGCCAAUGGGUCGCUCUGGCUGGAGAAGAUUUCCACUAUCGAUGUGUUGGAAAAGUGCCUUCACGGUCCGGCCACACCGGAACGGGUGGGGUUGGCACAGCUGACCAUUGCUCUGUGCCACGGAAGUGCGUCCAACGGCGGACCUCCUCUGCUAGCUCUGACGGACGACGCGUACCGCAAGGUUGAGUCGCUGCUGAACCGCCUGGCCACCUUCAUCGACUGGGAGCGGGAGUGCAAUCGUCUCGACGUUGCCGGCAAAUAUACGCCCCUGCUGGGCCCGAGCGCCCGGCUGGAUGCACUCUCCGUGAGUGUCGUUCCCAUGAGCAACCGGAUCGAAGCAUUCAUACGAUGGGACUUUCACGGCAAGUGGCAUCAGAUCGAACCGUUCGAUCCGUUCCGCGACGGAUGCGACGCGGCAAUGGGUGAACAAAACCACACGCAGAAGCUGGUGUUUGCGUUUCUGCGCACGAAGCUCACGCAGGAGCCGGAUGGACGAUGGUUGUCCGCGCGGCAUUCGGUUGCGCAUCAUUUGAGCGAUGUGUUCUACACGCUUUCGACCAUCUCACCGUCCGAGUGGCGCAUCUAUCGCGAAAUGCGCUCCAUCGUGGACCGGAAGUACGGUAUACGGUUGGUGGAGGACCAGCUGCCACGGACGACGGCCGAGGAUAGGCGGGGCCCGCGUGGUCACGGACAGGACGACGAUGUGCUGGCGCUGAUGGAAGAUUUCGAAACGUUCAUCGGCUCGUACGGGUACGAUUUGCACGGCCAGCUGUUUAUUGAGCGUCAGCAAGCAGCGACAGCGGCAAGCGGCGGCAGCACCAGUGGUGGAGGUGUGCUCAAUGUGGUCAAAAUUGAACACAUUGCCAAUUCCAUCAAGCGCCACGGGCCGGGAAUUAUUAGCACAGUGGUAAACUAUGCAUUCCAGUUCCUGCGCCAGAAGCUGUUCACAUUUUCCCACUUCCUGUACGACGAGCAAAUACACUCCCGGCUGGCUGCGGAUGCGAAAAAGCUCGCCACUGACAGUAACGACUCAGCGGGAACUGGUGCAUCGUCCGGUGUGAAUGCGGCGAAUUAUACGUACGACCGGGCGCUCGCGUUCAACCGACGCAUCCGCAACCUUGGCCUGUCGGACGACGGUGAAACGUACGUCGAUCUGUUCCGCAAACUGAUCUGUCAAAUUGGCAAUGCGAUGGCAUUCAUACGGAUGCUGCAUGCCGGUGCGCUGCACGAGUGCACCGGUGCUGCCGAAUUCGUCUCGAAUCCUCCAACGGCAGCGGAAGCGUCAGAGCACGAUCAGGCACCAUCAAGCGAACCGACCGUUCAGUCGAACCCGGACAAUCAGUCGGCCGUUAACAUAUGGCGUCAAGAUAUGGCCACCGUUCGGACAAGCUGGCGGCUGGAGAAUGAAUUUUUCCGCCUGCUGCUGAAUGCGUUCGACGGGUUGCGGCGCCGGCGGCCGACCCAUGCGGAUGGCGACAGCUCUGCACCGGCGGACAGCUUUGCGCAUUUAGAGCUGUUCUAUCUGAUCAUACCGCCGCUCACGAUCAGCUACGUCGAGGCGAUGCUGAAGGCAAAGGAAACGAUCGCCAAAAAAGAUCGGCACGGAACGUUUCUGCCAACGGACGAUGGUUUCGUGAUGGGGCUUUCCUAUUUGCUGACGCUGCUCAACCAAACGGCAGCGUUCAAUUCGCUGCACUGGUUCAAGGAGGUACACACCAAAUAUGCCCGUGAAAUGGGCAAACUAAAUCAGCAGACGGCCGGUGGGACCUCCAAUCCGCUGCAGCAAUCCUCCACGAUGGAACCGUCGGACGAAAAGAUGCUGCCAACGGUAUCGCUCACACGCAAACGGCUGAACGCGAUGCAGCAUGAGUUUGAGCUGUUGCAAUACAAUUUAUCCAGCUCGAAGAUAUUUUUCAAAUAGAUCUGUUCGACCUUGAAGGAUCCUUACACCAACAUAUGUAUGUUACACAUUCCUUACGAUGUUUUUUGUUAUAUGCUGGGCAAGAUUUGUACCUCUCUCAAGCGAAUUUUAUGGAUGUUAUUGUGCGAAAAGAAUAGUAUAUCAAAUCAGUAGAAGCGUCAAAUAUAUUUAAGAAAAAAAAAGCUUAUCUAUCGCACUAUUGUAGAAUCUAUUAAUCGUA